UAUAAUAGACACCGAUUGACAGUUAUAACAGUAUCAGCUAUUGUUGGCAUCAGUCGUCAUCAGUGGUGGCAAAACAUUGGUUAUAAGCACCGGGAUAUUGUUGUUGGCAAACAAUGUCGACGACAAUUGUCUACAAUGGAUGUACUUAAUAGACAGGCGACAGUUGGCUAUAGUUUACUGAUGAAAACGGCUUUUAUGACUAACGGGAACUAUAGUGUUGAGUACAUAUACAAUCUGAUGGCCACUAAAUUUGUUAAAAUCUAUUCACCGAACUAUCUGAUCGGGUUACCCGAAGACUGCGGCACCGGUACUAUUGUUAACCAUCAUUAUCAACCGUUUAUAGUUACCAAUGAACACGUAACAACAGGACAUACCGUAGUGUACAUACAGUUCAAUCAUGAAACGGACGUGCGUGCCGGUCAAGUGGUCUACAGAAAUCACAAUCUCGAUUUGGCACUCAUAUGGGUUCCCGAUUUACAGUUUGAUAUGAUGGUCAGCGCCUGUAGUCCAGUAACAACUGAACCCGAAUUUGGCGAUGAAGUAAUUUCGGUAGGCUUUAGCCAAAAAGGUCCGAUUAUUAACAUGGGUUACGGCCACACGGUUUGUACUGAUAGUUUAGGACCGCUGGCAAAUGAUAUUACACUGAUUACACCCGAUUGCAAAUACUUAAUGCAUACGGCCGGCCAGUAUCCCGGUUUUUCAGGCGGUCCCACUAUGAACUUGUACCGCCAAUUGGUGGCCAUUAACUGUAUUGCCAAUCAAUUUAAUGAACAUAAUUAUUCAAUACUGGCCACCAAUUUGUUUAAAAAUUUUGUUGAUAUCGGUGCCAUAUUUAGGACACAACAUAUAGCUAGACGGCAAUGGGAGCACUCGUUACGAUUAGGACUGACCAUCAAAUGGAGUCCAUUCUCUGGUGGCGGUGCUUUGGUUUAUGAAAAGUUUUGCAAUACAUUGGGAAAUCAAAAUUUGGACAAACUUGACAUUAUUGAGGAAAUCAAUGGACAAAAAGUUAGAUCAUUGGACGACUUUAUGUCAGAAUUGAGUCGUAUGGCUGAUGACACUGACAUACCAGUGCUGAUUAGGGAUGAUAAACGUACACAUAUUAUUAGGGCCGAGCAAUUUGGCUUAGUAUGGGUUUGA